AUGGUUGAUCAGCUCCAAGGAACAUGGAAAUCCAUUUCUUGUGAAAAUUUUGAAGAAUAUAUGAAAGAGCUGGGAAUAGGAAGAGCCAGAAGGAAACUUGGCUGUCUGGCAAAACCCACGGUGACCAUCAGUACACAGGAAGGUCUGAUCACUAUAAAAACCAGAAGCAUCUUUAAAAAUAAUGAGAUCUCCUUUAAACUGGGAGAAGAGUUUGAGGAAAAUACACCAGGUGGCCAUAAAACCAAGAGUGUGGUAAACUUAGAUAAUGACUCUCUGAUUCAAGUUCAGGACUGGAAUGGCAAAGAGACCACCAUAAAGAGAAAGGUGGUGGAUGGGAAAAUGGUGGUGGAAAGUGCCGUGAACAAUGUUAUCUGCACUCGGACAUACGAGAGAGUACAAACAAACUCAGCCUCCAACUCUUAA